GAGGUAACGCACGUAUCUUGUUUUCGGGAGCAGAAGUACUUCGGAAGGGUAUUAAACAGGGUACCUACGACUUGUCUUCACCAGUCCAUCCACGUUCAAAUCUGCCCGCUCUUUCCAUGGAGCAUAAAUCAAUAAUAAUCGAACAGUACCUUCAGGAUUACCCGGCUACGGUUGCCACAUGGGUGGACUACCUUCCUUCUAAAAUACGUCCUUACUUUUAUCUUGCACGAGUCCACAGACCCUCUGGAAUACUUUUACUGUUCUAUCCAUGCGCAUGGUCGGUCACCAUGACCUGCUACGCACUCAGUGCGCCGAUGGCGACAGCGUGGACCUAUCUUGGAUUUUUCCUUGUAGCCUCCCAAGUGUUCUGUGCUACUGGAUGUAUCAUCGAUGACAUGUGGGACAAAGACAUCGACGCUGCUACCUCGCGAACACGCAGGCGACCCUUGGCUGCGGGUGAUAUCUCGAUGUUCCAGGCAUUUCUGUUCCUUAUUUUGCAUCUAACCUUUGGCAUCUGGUUGUUUAUGCAGUUGAAUGACUAUAGCUUGGUUCUCGGACUCUCCUCCCUAGUCUUAAUUAUGUUGUAUCCUACCAUGAAGCGGGUAAUCAACUGGCCACAAGCUGUGCUCGGCAUGUGCUUCAGCUGGGGAUCAUUUUUGGGAACCGCUUCUGUUGCUGGAACAGUCAACUGGUAUGUAUAUAUCCCCUUGUAUAUGGGGGGUGUAUGCUGGACCAUCGUGUAUGAUACUUGCUACGCCCGUCAAGACAGAGAUGAAGACAUCAUAAAUGGCAUCCACUCGACAGCAAUUAUUUUUGGGGACCAGGUCCGGCCUAUUCUCAUCAUGUUCUCCUUGAUUGUUUGUUCUUUGCUGUCGUAUGCCGGGAUCCUCAACGGAAAUGGUGUCCCAUUUUUCAUUGGCGUGGCCCUUGGGGCAUUUUAUCUUGUCCGACUCUUCGCCAGGAUCGACUUUGAAAACAAGGAGAGUUGCGAUGCUUGUCUCAUCAACAACACUUGGUUCGGCUUCUGGGUUUGGGCGGGAGCUAUGGUAGAUUAUGUUGUGAAGAUACAGUUGUAGAUGCUGUCACAACAUAUGUACAUGUUCUUCGUGCGCACUUCCUUUUAUGUACUUCAUCACUCAUACACGUUAUCUUUUCUCUCUGUCUCAACAUUGUCUCAACAACUUUUUAUUCUUCUUCCUUUGGAAUCGUCUCCCCUCGAUCUUUCAAUCGAUGAUUGAAUCUUUCC